CAUGAAGAACGCGAACGUUUAAUAAAACUAAUGGUAGACGAGUAUGCAACCAAGAAGAAUGGCGAAAAGGAGCGUAUUCACUCGGAGCAGAGGUUGAAAUGCUUGCUGGAUCUUUAUAAUAACUCGACCGCAAAGUUAAAGGAGCUUUACGAAGAUAAAGACAAUGAGCGAAAAGACGAAAUCCAAGCCCUUUCAGGUCCGAAUGAAUUUAAUGAAUUCUAUGCACGUUUGAAGCAGAUAAAGGAAUUCUAUAAAAAGCAUCCGUCAGAGAUAAGUGUCCCGCUUUCGGUUGAAUUUGAAGAACUCACAAAAGCUUAUAAUAAUUUAGAUGAAAUGUCGGCCUUAGUUGAAUUCACCGACGAGGAGGGAGGUGGCCGCUAUCUAGAUCUUAACGAAUGCUACGAACAAUAUCUAAAUCUUCGUGGCGUGGAAAAAGUAGAUUAUAUCACUUAUUUAAUGACUUUUGAUCACGUCUUUGACAUUCCUCGCGAGCGAAAAAAUCGUGAAUAUCGAAAAUAUAUUGAAAACCUAAAUGGCUAUUUGCACACUUUUGUAACGCGUAUACAUCCUUUACUCGAUAUCGAAGCUGAACUAGUUAAGGUGGAGCUGGAGUUUCAACGUCAGUGGUUGCAGGGAACUUUUCCAGGCUGGGCAACCAAGGAAACUGAAUCCGCUUUGGCCAACACUGGUGCCCAUUUAGAUUUGUCGGCAUUUUCCAGCUGGGAGGAAUUGGCUUCACUUGGUCUAGAUCGACUAAAAUCUGCGCUGAUGGCUUUAGGCUUGAAAUGUGGUGGCACUCUGGAAGAACGUGCUCAAAGACUUUUUUCAACGAAAGGAAAGAAGACUCUAGACCCCUCUUUAAUAGCAAAGAAACCGGCAAACAAAAAUGCGAAUGUGCACUCUCGUGAUAAUGAGCGUCACAAGGAAAUCGCACAAUUAGAAGCUUUGUUGUAUAAGUACGCAGAUUUAUUGUCGGAGCAAAGAGCUGCCACCAAAGAAAAUGUGCAACGCAAACAGGCGCGUACAGGUGGAGAGCGCGAUGACAGCGAUGUCGAAGCAAGCGAAAGUGACAAUGAUGAUUUAGACGAUGCAGAUGAUGUUCCUUACAACCCUAAGAAUUUGCCUCUUGGCUGGGAUGGCAAACCAAUACCUUACUGGUUGUAUAAGUUGCACGGAUUAAAUAUCAGUUAUAAUUGCGAAAUUUGUGGCAAUUAUACGUACAAAGGUCCAAAAGCAUUUCAACGACAUUUUGCUGAAUGGCGACAUGCGCACGGGAUGCGUUGUCUUGGUAUUCCAAACACUGCACAUUUUGCCAAUGUGACACAAAUCGAAGACGCUAUCACAUUGUGGGAGAAACUCAAGUCACAAAAGCAAAGUGAACGCUGGAUAGCUGAUCAGGAGGAAGAAUUUGAAGAUUCUUUGGGCAAUGUAGUUAACCGUAAGACAUAUGAAGACUUGAAGCGCCAAGGAUUACUUUAAGAAUAGUACGAGGUUAAUACAUAAUUUAUUCGCUGUAAAAAUAUGGAAUGUUUAAAAAUACAUACAUAAAAGUUA